AUGUCAUCUCAUCAGCUCGUCGAUUGCCCAAUCUGUAGCAAGCCCGUCAAGGAGCUGAACAUCAAUCGACAUAUCGAUUCUGGCUGUGAGUCUUUUAUCGACGAUUCGCCUCCAACAACACAACAAAAUGCACCCAAAUCCACUCAGGUCGCCAGUUUCUUCCAGACUCCGGCAGCCAAGCGUACUCAUUCCAUUCCUACCUCUACACAAGCCUUGAAUGGUGCUGCGCCUCCAAAGUCUACUCAAACAUCUAUCACAACUACAAAACGGCCACUAGAGGACAUCAAAGACGAAGACACCCCUCAACCUUUACCUAAAAAAUCGAAAAAUAUCAACCUUGAAAAGGCUGCUCCACUGGCUGAGCGAAUGCGACCACAAUCGCUGGAUGAAGUUCAAGGUCAGGAGCUUGUAGGUCGAAACGGUAUCUUGCGCUCCUUGAUUGAAACCGAUCGGGUCCCUUCCAUGGUGCUAUGGGGCGGACCAGGAACUGGCAAGACAACUAUCGCUCGAUUGAUAGCCAAGACCGCCGGUAACCGCUUCGUCGAGAUCAACAGUACUUCUUCAGGCGUGGGUGAAUGUAAGAAACUAUUCGCUGAAGCUCGCAACGAGCUUUCUCUCACUGGCCGCAGAACCAUCAUCUUCUGUGAUGAGAUCCAUCGUUUCAGCAAAAGCCAGCAAGAUGUGUUUCUAGCCCCGGUUGAGAGCGGUGUCAUCACCUUGAUUGGUGCGACAACAGAAAACCCUAGCUUCAAGGUCAUAAAUGCUCUUCUGUCGAGGUGUCGAACCUUCACUCUGGCCAAGCUAGACGACGAGCAUAUCACGGCCAUCCUGAAGCGUGCUCUGACCCUUGAACCUCCUACAACACCACAUGCAGCAGACUUGCUGGAAGGGAACGAUCAUGCGCUGCUUCGUUAUCUUGCCAGUUUUGCAGAUGGUGAUGCUCGUACGGCAUUGAACCUCCUCUCCCUUGCUCUGGAUUUGUCUAAUAAUCCCGAGACUACUGUCGAGACUGUCAAAGAAAAUCUGACUCGGACGUUAGUAUAUGACCGUCAAGGUGACCAACAUUAUGACACCAUCAGCGCCUUCCACAAGAGUGUUCGAGGCAGUAAUCCUGAUGCAGCUCUUUACUAUCUUGCUAGAAUGCUUCAAUCUGGUGAAGAUCCUGUUUAUAUCGCGCGGCGAAUGGUAGUCAUGGCUAGCGAGGAUAUUGGUCUUGCAGACAACACUUUACUACCAUUGGCGACAGCAGCUUAUACGGCCGCCAAAGAGAUCGGUAUGCCGGAAUGCAGGAUAAACCUGGGCCACGCAGCGGUUGCACUUGCCGAAGCACCAAAGUCUACACGCUCGUAUCGAGGCCUCAACGCUGCAUAUGCCGCCCUAUCAGAACCUGGAGUCGCAGGAUUGCCUAUUCCGAUACAUCUUCGUAAUGCCCCUACCAGGUUGAUGAAAGAGUUGGGCUAUGGCAAAGAAUACAAGUACAACCCGGAUUACAAAAACGGCAGAGUAAAUCAGGAAUACUUCCCAGAGAAACUGCAAGGCAAGGUCUUCCUUCCAGAAAACCACCUUGGGGACAAAGUCGAUCCCGACCUCCCUCCCAACAUGGAGCAGGGGCAGAGUCAAUCCGCGCAUGACGAAGAAGAAGAACCAAAGGAGUGGUCAGCUGAAGACGAUGAAGCUUUAGCAGACGGCGACGAUCUGGAAGGUAUCGCGGGCGAAGAAGACAGCAAUGGUGAAGAGCGCAUACUUAACCCUGAUGAUACCGGAUUCAAUAAGAACAACGAGAUUGCCACCGGCGUCCUGGAGGGUGGACGAGAAAACGAUACCGACAUCGAGCUCGGCCUUCUUCUUCCCGCAUCCGCUGUGCCACUUCCGCCGACGACAUCACCAUCGCACAACGAAUAUUCGGCCGCGCGCCUCGAGAAGCUCGCGCGCAUUCUCGACAUGAAGUUCUCACACAGCAUCCAGUUCAAUGCCGUGCCCGAGUGGAGUAACAACUACAUCUCGUACAGCAAUCUCAAGAAAUUGCUUCACCAAGCCAAUGCAGUCCACGAAGAUGUCGAGUCAUCGCCGCUUCUGGCUGGCGACUCUGAGGACCCCGACAAAGUCUUUGCGCGCGCUCUAGAUCACGACCUCGAAAAGAUUUGUUCUUUCUACCAAUUGAAGGAGCUGGAGAUUUAUGGGGAAGAUGGAGAACACGAUGCAGGGCUUGCUGCACGGAACGGUACACUGGCAAAAGCGAGGAAGGCCAGCAUGUUCAAAGGCUUCAGCAUUGGUCGACGCCGACGUGCUAGUACCUUGAGCGGCCACCAGGAAGAACCCGACAGCGACGACGAGCGCACUGGUCUUACCAAGUCAAACUCUCGAGACGGAAACCCAUACGAUAUGUCGGCGAGUUCCAACGUGGAUACUUCAUCGCGCCGACGACCGAGCAGCUCCCAUGAUUUUGACGACCAAGCUCUUGAUGUGCUGUAUAACGAAGGCGUCACUCUCAAGAAGCGCACAGUCAGCCUUUAUGUCACCCUGUGCGAGCUGCGUUCCUUUAUUCAGCUCAACAAGACUGGCUUCGGAAAAGUGUUGAAGAAGUACGACAAAACUCUGGAUCGCAAACUCAAGAAUGCUUAUAUCGAGGCAAAUGUCGACAAUGCCUAUCCUUUCCAACCAGAAACUAUCGAUCGCCUAAAUGUCAACAUCGAGAAGAUCGAGACAGCAUACGCAGAUCUGGUGACUAAAGGCGAUGUCGACCUGGCCCGCCGUGAGCUACGCCUUCAUCUGCGAGAACACGUUGUUUGGGAGCGCAACACGGUCUGGCGUGAGAUGAUUGGCAUCGAACGCAAAGCCCAAGCUGCCAAUAUGGGUCUCGGUCAGACCAUGCUGGGUGGUAUUGAAGAUCGUGGCAAGGCACGCUUGCAGGGCGACGAGGAGCUGGAAGCUACCAAGGAGGUUGUGACACCUCUCGGUAAGUACAGGUGCCCACGCUUCCUCUUGUCAAGCACUUUCUACACUCUGGUGGCCGUGAUCGCCGUGUUCUUUGUUCUACUGUUUGCUCCAAUCAUGGAGUCUCCAGUCGAGCAGAACUGUUUGGCGCUUGUCGUCUUGGUCAGUUUGCUGUGGGCCACCGAGGCCAUCCCACUGUUCGUGACGUCCCUGCUUGUCCCAUUCCUCGUUGUGGUCUUGCGCGUCGUCAGGUCCGAAGCUGAACCUCACCGCCGUUUGGAAUCAAAGGCAGCAGCUACGUUUAUCUUCAGUGCCAUGUGGUCUCCCGUCAUCAUGCUUCUGCUGGGAGGUUUCACUAUCGCUGCUGCAUUGAGUAAGCACAAUAUCGCGAAGAUGAUGGCAACAUUUGUGCUCAGCAAGGCUGGCACAAAACCUCGCAAUGUGUUGAUCACCAGCAUGUUCGUGGCCAUGUUCGCGAGUAUGUGGAUCAGUAACGUUGCCGCUCCUGUACUCUGCUUUUCCAUCAUUCAGCCCAUUCUCCGAAAUCUGCCUGCUGACUCGGACAUGUCUAAAGCCUUGCUUUUGGGUAUUGCUCUGUCCUCCAACAUGGGAGGUGCGGCCUCACCAAUUGCCUCGCCUCAAAACUUGAUCGCAUUGCAGAACAUGACACCGGCUCCUGGCUGGGGUGUUUGGUUCUUUAUUGCUCUUCCAGUGUGCAUCAUUUCCAUCCUCAUGAUCUGGGCUCUGCUCCUGGUAACUUUCCGACCUGGUCGCAACACCACCAUUGUGCCCAUUCGUCCUAUGAAGGAUAAGUUUACCCCUACUCAAUGGUUCAUCAGCUUCGUCACCAUUGUCACCAUCAUACUUUGGUGUUUCAGUCAUCAACUGGAGUUUAUCUUUGGCGAUAUGGGUGUUGUUGCCAUCCUUCCAAUGGUUGUUUUCUUCGGCCUGGGUAUCCUCAACAAGGAGGAUUUCAACAACUUCCUCUGGACCAUCAUCAUUCUGGCUGCUGGUGGACUCGCUCUUGGAAAAGCUGUCAACUCGUCCGGUCUUCUUCGCACCAUUGCAGUAUCCAUCACCACUCGUGUCGAAGGUCUUGGCCUUUAUAGUGUAUUGGUCGUGUUUGCUGCACUGAUCGGUGUGGUGGCCACUUUUAUUUCUCACACAGUCGCGGCUCUGAUUGUGUUGCCCUUGGUCCAACAGGUUGGCGAGGGUAUGAGCGAUCCUCACCCCAACCUUCUUGUUAUGGGCAGUGUGCUCAUGGCCUCAGCUGCCAUGGGACUUCCCACCUCGGGUUUCCCCAACAUGAAGCCAAACACUGGCAGACGUUACCUCCAGGUCAAGCAUUUCAUCACCCGAGGUGUACCUGCCUCAAUCAUGGCCUACGUGGUUAUCAUCACUGUAGGAUACGGGCUGAUGCUGGCUGUUGGAUUCUAA